UCCAGUGGUAAUUUGUUUUAUUGUAGAGCUGUGAAACUUUUUCAUUCCCACCCCACUCUGACCGGCGGAUCAAUGUUCUCGCCCUGAUCAUGUUCCAUCAGCAGUGAUUGCUACCUUACUACGUCAGACCUUUUCACAGAUAUGGGGUAAGAAUACACAGCCAUUACUUUUCCUCACAAAAGCAGUGAUUUUUUUUCAACAGUCACACGUGUCAUUUCUCACUCUUUGACCGGGGCUUUUUUCAAAAGGAGGCUCCACAUGUAUUAACCUGUGCCAGGGCUAUCAACUCUCUGCUUUAAUAUAUCACAAAUAAUAUGUAUUAUUAUUUCCAUCAGACACACCUAUUUCCUGCUUUUGUCACAUAUAGAAAAUCAACUUAUCGCUCUCAAAGCACUGUAAUGCCAUGAAAACCAGGCCACACAAGCUAUGUGGUGUUUCAUCUUGGCUGUCAUGGAUUUCAUUAAGUCAAAGAGGCUCUCUCAACAUGAGAUAACAUGUGACAGACCACUUGACAAUUGGCUGCUCUGGGUUUGAAGUCUGUCUCUGUUGAAUCAUUAAUGACUUCAUGCAGAGUACAACCAUUACUGAGAUCCCUGUAGCCUCAACAUAUAAGUAGAUAGACAGAAUUUACUGUCACUUUUUACAGGAAAAUUUUGUUUAAGGAACAUUUUAAUCCAACAUGUUUUUUCUUUUUCUUUUUUUUUUUUAUGUAUGGUGAUGUAGCAGAUCCCGUUCCACUUCGUCAAAUGGAUUAGAUGCCGCUGUCCAUGGUGCUGAAGUGCCUUCUGGAGCUUGUAUAAGAGGUGGAUUCAGACCACAUUAACUGUACACUGAUGGUGUCAAAAACAAACAAAAAUUAAAUAUUAUCAUUUCUCAGACAUGUUAUAUAACACACACACACUUGUGCACGCACACACACUCAAACACACACACACACACACACACACACACACCUGCCACAGCAUAAUGAACACAAGGACAAUCAUAUGCAAUGCCAUACACAGCGCCACAGCAAACCCUUCUUUGAGGAAGCUUUCGAUUUUUUGUUGACAUGAUGGUGAUGACUGUACUUUGUCCUAUAAGUAAUUACUUUAUUAUACAGGGGAGAGUGGGGUAAGAUGAGUCAUUUUUCAUAUUUUGGAUCACAACAUCAAGGCAAUCAUAAUUUUGUCUCUAACUUGUGUAUCUGCAUAUAUUUCAGGAUGCAUCCUUGCAAACCAAAAGAAUGAGUGUAAACAGAACUGUCGUGCCAAAAAAGUGGUCUCCUAUGGUCAACUUACCCCAUGUGUGGGGUAAGUUGACCAUAGGAGCGGAGUAAGUUGAGCCGUAUCCCUACCCCCAGCCCUUCCUCACCUUUUCUCUCCCUAUAUAACAGUCACUUCUUCACAUUCAUGUGUAUUUUUAUCUAUUAUACACUAUUCAACCGGUACAAUUAUUCUUUUUAUUAUUGCAUAUAACUGCUAAAAAGCUGUUUUGUAAAAAAACAAAAACAAAAACAAAAAAAACAUUUUAACAUGAGAAUGCCUUUAAGUGAUUCAGAACAUUCACAGCUGUCUUUUUGAAAAGAAAAAGUAACAUAUUUCAACAAUCUGAACUGAAACUCUGAUCCUCUCAUCAUGCCCCUUUACUUUCUCAGUUGAGGCACUGACUCAACCUACCCCAGAACUACUAUUUUGAGCUAAAGUGGCUAAAAUGGUGGACUUUUAUGCUAGGUUUUUGACCUCAUGUUGUGGCUCAUAGAUACAACAAUGAAAAAUGUUUUUUGGAAAUAAAUGUCCAACCCCUUUAGCUAGACUCCAUGAAUUGAUGCCCAUCUCCUAAAUAUUUGGUCACAUUAUCAAUUUCUUUUACCAUUUCCAAGCAACAGGGGGUGGCUCAACUUACCCUCUGGCUCAACUUACCCCACUCUCCCUAUGAGUACAUUUAUCACCUGAAGAAAAGAAGAAAUCAAAGGUAAAAGCUUCCUAUUGGUAGAAUAUAUGGUGGAGCGGUUGUUUUGGAUAGUAUAAGAUAACUCAGGAGUUCAUAAUGCUGGGGCACCAGUGUGGCUAAAUUUAGCUUUUAAACAGUAAUUAUAUCGUUGAGCUUUUUUUUUUUUUGUAAAGCAAACAUUUCUGCCGACAUCUUGUGGCCGAAACGAAGCAGUGUAUCCUCACAAUCAAGAAAGAAAAAAAAAAAAAAAAAAAAACAACCGUUGACGUCACUUCCUCUUUUCUUCCUGUUGACGUUAGCCAACACGCCCAGCGUUCAUACAUUUGACUGUACUCACAGUGAAUUAAUAAUUUGACAACAUAUUCAGCUCUUCGUUUCGCAUGGUAAGAAUGUGGUAAUGUUUUUAAUAUGUGUGCUUUAUCCAAACUCUUAAAAAAUGUCAAACCAGGGCUAAUGUAACUCCAAUACGAGAGUUCUCAAUGCAUAUGUUGGCGCUCUGUGUUAGCUACCUGGCUAUCAAUCUCGAUAGUCGGGUCGUAAUUACGUCACAUGUAAUUCAGUGUGUGUAUGUUUGUAGUUAUGUGACAAUAGAUGUGAGCUCACUUAUCGGAUAACAUUAGAGUCGCUUAGAGUCGUUCACAGCUCACAAAUAACAAACAGACAGAGAGCUGCUAAGCUAACGCUGACCAGUCUGGUGUAGUAGUUCAGUGAAUCAGGCUCCUGUUACUCUGGGAAACAGUUUUUCUAAAUAUAUUCACUCGGAUCCAAUAGCUUAACGUCAUUAUUAUGUAAUUUUAAUGACUCGACACUGACCGUGUGUGUUUCUGGUUCAGUCCUGGGUCAAAAGUCCACGGCUCUCUGCAGUAAAGUCUUGCUCUCGAUAACGUCCAUGAGCCACUUCUCUCUGAACCUGGUCCACCCAGGUGUGUGGACCAGCCUGUUCGACUCCACUAGAAACAGAACUUCCACGGGCAGAGUCUGGGGCUUGAAUUUAGAAAUGCCCACGACGAAGUAGACGCUGGCUAUCCCCUGAAUGGGCCUCCGCGGACUCGGGGUGCUAAAGCGGGCUCGGUAGUGGUAGAAGGUAUGGUGGUCCUCCUCAGCUGAGUAAAGAAAGUCCACACUGUAGAGCCAGCAGGGCUGCAGCUCCCAGGUCAGGAUAUACUCCCCAAUCUGCGUUUUCCCCACCUCUACCGUGAAGUCCCUGCAUGUUAUCCAGGUGAUAUUCCUCUCGUCCCCCUGUGGAGAGUUCUCCACUUGCUCCUUGAGGACACCGCGCCGGUGUUUCUCCAACAGAGUCUUCACAAGCUGAGCUGACUCUGCUGAGACUUGAGGAUUUAAAGAUGCUCUUCCGACCUCCAUAAGGUUUUUAUCCUGGGAAGAAACAGUCAAAAGUGCGUCUGGAAACUGUGACUUUAGCUCAACGAUGGCUCUUGUUGUCAACGGUUUCUAUGGUUACCAGGACAUGGCGUCGGAUAAAGACCUCUGGCCCUGCUUCCUUUUUUUUUUCUUCACAUCACUUGAGUUAAAAAGCCCAGAGGAGUUGUGUAUUUUAGCUCAUCUCUUUUCUUGUGAUCACGGUUGAAUUUCAGCUGUUUUAUGAUGAUAUCUGAGAUAUCCUCUUGAUGUCAGGUGAUCAUAUCCUGAAUCUCCAAAACUGCAGAGGUACAAAACAAACAUGUGGCCUAACUACACUGUCAUGCACUGACUCUUGAGAAGUAGGAUAAAACGGGACACAAUGUUGAAAAAAAAAAAUCUCAUGCGUGGAUUAAUGAGAUUACAUAUUUAUAUCUGCCAUUUUUUAAGUUAGUGGGAUGUGUUUUGAUGCAACCUCCUAUGUUUUCUCAUUUUUACCCCAAAUGUGUUUUUUCCUUACACUUUUUUUGUCAACACUAAAAACACAAAUUAACUUUUCUUCAGAUAACACAGCACCUUUAAAAACUAAAAAGAAAACUAUAUUUUUUGCCAAUCUGACAGAGCCACCAAGAAACUUACUUUUAAUAUGUUAUAUUUUUAUAAAAUACAAGCUUUAAAGGGAUAUUCCGGUGUAAAAUUAAGUUGAGAAUGUUGCCGAUCGCUUGCUUCUCUAGUUUUACCAAAUUUAUUAACAAUCGCACGAUAGCAAUACACAGCGGUCCCAGGAGCCAUAAACAAACCUCAACUAAAACGCUACUCUAUAGCCACAAAUGAUGCUCAGAACAGCAACCAACUUCAACAAGAGUACAUAAAGGGCCACCAAACAUCUUUUAAGCUUCGACUAAUAUCUUUAGCAAAGAGGCUAAAAACAACUCACCCUCUCUCUUCCAGCAGCUGCUUGUUUGUAGCGAGACCUCGGGCUAGUCCAUUACAGACUGCAGCGGGGUGACGCAGCUCAAGGAAGAACAUUUAUGAUCAUUACCUUAUCAUUUCCUUGAAGUAAUAAUCACCAUAUUAAUCAUUUUGCACUGCAGACACGGUAGGUCUUCUGCCUUAGCGUCUCAGUCUGAUUGCAUUUCCAUGAAGAAAUGACCAUAAAUGUUCUUCCUUGAGCUGCGGAAUAUCCCUUUAAUGUACGUUUUCUGUAUUGAACUAUGUUUUAGAAUUUUAACUUCACCUUUAACAGCAGUCAAAUGUUUUUUUAGGAUUUCAAAACACAUUCUCAUAAUAGAAGAAACAUUGAUUUUUUUAAAUUGAUCAACAGUUUCUCAAAAUAGAUGAAAUAUUCUGAUGACAUAUAAUAUAUUAUUGUUCUGACGGGGUGACACGUGUCUUACAGUGUUGACAAAAAUCCCAGUUUUUAAUCAUUUUAUCUUUCAAAUGCAUUGUAUUAUCAAAAAAAUAGAUAAAUCAAUGGUUUUGCUUAUCACAGUGACUAACUUAUUAUUUGGUUUUCUACAUACCAGGAAAUGAUCAAGUUAUCACGAGAAAACAAGUGUUGCCAUUUCAUGUAGUGAGCUAAAUAGGUUAAGAUCACAUUAAUAAGAUAAAAAGGUUAACAUCUAGAGAACACAAUUGGACAUUACCUCUCACCUUGGUUAAGUGGGAUACAUGCAAUGUAUGGGUCUGCUUGGGACAUUUGUGCAAGAGCUAAUUUUCUCUCUGUUUUUUUUUUUCUAUUCUAGGGAACAUCAGAUCAGCAGCUACUUCCACCUUUCCAGAUUUCUCUUCAUAAUGGAAUUUAAGUUAAAACAACAGUAGCAGAUGGCAGGUAGUGUGCCAGAAUGCUGCAUCAUUUUAAACUCAAUUUAUUUCCCUGAUUAACUACAAAUUCUCAAUUGCUGUUCCAAGUGAGCCAGCAAACGCAUGUCGCGAAUCAGGACCACCCUCGACAGCGUCACCAAGGCAGUCGGCAGCACAGAUCUCAUAUCUAAGUUCUCCCGUCUGAAGCCUGGAAGCUCUGCAGUCAACAGCACCCAUGCUGAAAAAGCUUUGGUCAAAGCUGAGAUCUUAAACACUAACAACAACACAGCUGCUGCUGCUGCUCCACCACCUGAAACCACGAUGAGGGAAGAGGAAGAAAACUGUGAGAGCAAUAAAGCAGAGGAAGAGCAAGUCUCAGAAACACCUUUCAUCGCCACCAAGAAGUCUACCCCGAGUCUAGCUUCAGCAGCGGCUGCGUCUGCAGUGAGCUCUUCCUCAACUGUGGCCAAACAAACCAUGCAGCUGUUUCACCCAGCUGCUUUGUCCACGAACAUGGAUGAGACUUACAGAACUCUGUCUCACCACAUCAAUAGCUACUUUGGCACUAGCCCACAAGUGGAAGCAGGAGACAAGACGCCACAGAAAGACAAAGUAGCAGAUGAUCCUGUUUCAAAGCCAGUUCUCAGUUCUAUUCCCGCGCAAACUGAAGACCACAUUCCCAUUUUGUCUGAAGUUGCAAAGGCUAAAAGUAGUGAAGCCCUUCCUACCUCUUCUCCUCCUCUUACUUCUCCUCCAGAAAAGCCAAGCUCUUCAGAAGACACAACUUCCUCUGACACACCUUUACCUGAAAGUGAACCUCAGACCACACCUGCACCUGCUACCUCUCCCAAGAAAGGCUUCACCCACUAUCUCUCCUACCCUCGACCCAGCAUGCAGGCUUUUGUUGGCAGCUACAUCGCCCCCCUGGUCCCUAAAUUCAGAGGGGAUUCCAAAAGCAUUACAGCUGAAAAAGAAAAGCCGUCAGCAGUGGCUGUGGAAGAGUCCACUGUUGAGAAGGAAAAAGAGAAGACGGAUAGUGAUGAGGAUGAAGAAGCAAAAGUGAGGCAACAGCUCUUGUUGCAAAGAGAGAAGGUAAGUCUCUUUAUGUGGCUGUAAUUGAUGUUAAGUAAGGUUUAUGCACAGAGAGCUUAAGACUCCUGACAGGGUGAACAAAAGACUAAUUCCUCCAGUUAUCCUUUUACUCUGCAUUAUCCCAGUUUUUACCCAGCAGCCAACCAAAGAUAUUAACUCAAAAUAUUUGUUUGAAGAUAAAGGUGCUGACUUGUAAAACUAUUUCUCCUUCUAGCCACAAAAUACUCCCUUAGAUGAUGAGGUCAGUUGUACUCCCAGGAAAAGCUAUAUUCCGAUUCAUCGUAUAUGCAUGUUUUAUCAACACCAGACUUUAUGUUUGACAUAAUUCACAUUGAAGUCAAAUCAUUUGUGUGUCCUGUUGGCACUUGGAAAAUCACAAACACUGAUUGCGGUCCUCUUUCCAUCAUUUUCAAAGUCUAUUAACAUUUCCACUUGACCACGUUUGAUUUGAUAUGUGUGUGAUCAAGUUGUUCCCAGUAUCGGUUGUUAAUCUCCAUAGUAAUGAGGUUUUGACUAAUCAAAAUCAAGUAGCUUACUCAACCAAUAACGGCUUAUGACAAGUAGUCACAGAAAAUAGAAAAAUACUCAAUUAACAAUGUAGAUAGAGUUUGAACUUACUGUGUUUAAUGUUAAAGGGAUAUUCCGGCGUAAAAUUAAGUUCAGGUCAAACACACCGUAACACUGAGUUAGACACUCACUUGAGUGAUGAAUGUUGCCGACUGCUUGCUUCUCCAGUUAUACCAACAUUAAUAACGAGUGCAUGAUAGCAAUACACAGCGGUCUGAGGAUCCAAAAACAAACCUCAACCAAAACACCACUCUAUAGCCACAAAUAAUGCUCAGAACAGCACCUAACCUCAUCAACAGUACAUAUAGGGUCCCAGCUACCAAACAUCUUUUUAGCUUUGCCUAAUUUCUUUAGCAAAGAGACUAAACACAACUCACCUAUUCUCUUCCAGCAGCCGCUUGUUUGUAGCAAGACCUCGGGCCAGUCCAUUAUGGACUACAGCGGUGUGAGGCAGCCCAAGGAAGAACAUUUUCAUUUGAAAUUGAAAUUACUUUGAAACAUUGAAAUGAUUAAGAAAUGAUCACAAAUGUUCUUCCUUGAGCUGUGUCACCCCGCUGCAGUUGAUGGACUUGCCUGAGGUCUCCUUUCAAACAAGUGGCUGCUGGAAGAGAGUUGGUGAGUUGUGUUUAGUCUCUUUGCUAAAGAAAUUAGGCAAAGCUAAAAAGAUAUUUGGUGGCUAGUGCUGUGGCUAGGACCAUAUAUGUACUGUUGAUAAAAUUAGGUGCUGUUCUGAGUAUUAUUUGUGGCUAUAGAGUGGCGUUUUGGUUGAGGUUUGUUUAUGGCUCCUCAGACCGCUGUGUAUUGCUAUCCUGCGGUCCCUACUAAAGUUGGUAUAACUAGAGAAGUGGUCGGCAACAUUCAUCUUUGGAGGGGGUGUCUAACUCGGUGUUACAAUGUAAACUUAAUUUUAAGCUUGAAUAUCCCUUUAUCUGUUGCCAUGUAGAUCAAGUACAACACUUCAAAUGGGUCAGGUAGUUUCCGAUUGUCUUGCAGAUGUGGACAUGGUGUGUGUUUGUCUCACAGAUAAUAGCCAGAGUGAGUGUCGACAACAGGACCAGAGCGCUGGUGAAAGGCCUGCAGAGAGUCACUGAAGUCAAACUCCUCACCAGUCGAGUGGAAGAGCUCAGCUUUCACCUCCUGGAGUUCCCUGAGACACGAGGUGUCGCUAUCAAGGUUUGUGCAUGCGUGUUUAGCUUUGCACUAACCUUUCUGCUCAGUUAAAUGUCAGAUGGGUUGUGAAUGUGACAUUCUUGCAGUGAAGUAUGUGUGUGUUUGGUUAUGACCUUUUAGGAGAGUGUGAUACCCUGCCUGCUGCGGUUGCGCCAAGCCAGAGAUCUUCCUCUUCAGGCAGCUGUGAGGGAGGCGCUGUCCCUGGUUGGCUACACUGAUCCUGUCAAAGGCAGAGGGAUUCGGGUCUUGUCUAUAGAUGGAGGUGGAACGAGGUAAACACAUCCCAAAUAGCAAAAAAGGGGAGGCAUCGAUGAAAAAAGUUAAAACAAGGAACACAUUUCCAGCAAACAUGACUCCAGAAAUCGCUGUUCCUCUCUGAAUCAUUGGAGCUGCAGAAACAAAUAAUGAGGAAUUAUGUGGUUCAGUUACACGUAAGAAUGUUACUUUAAAGGAGCAUGUCUGUCUGUGUAGCGGUAAAUCAAAUUCAGUAGCCAAAUUUUUGUCUAUAAACCAUGUGAAUUUAUUACAGAGGACUCCUGGCUUUGCAGACCCUCCAUAAACUGCAGACUCUGACUGGCAAACCAGUCCACCAGCUAUUUGACUACAUCUGUGGAGUCAGUACAGGUAAAUUUGCCACUCAUCUGACUUUCUGUAAGCUUUGAAACGACGCAUAAUUUUUGAAGGGAUAUUCCAGUGUAAAAUAAAUUUAGGGUCAAACACACCAAAACACCAGGUUAGACACCCCCCCGGGAGAUGAAUGUUGCCGACUGCUUGCUUCUCUAGUUAUAGCAACUUUUGUAACAACUGCAGGAUAGCACUACACAGCGGUCCCAGGAGACACACGCUCAACCAAAACACCACUCUAUAGCCACAAAUAAUGCUCAAAACAGCACUUAACUUCAUCAAACAGUACAUAUAGGGCCACAGCUCUAGCCACCAAACAGCUUUUUAAUUUUGCCUGAUUUCUUUAGCAAAGAGACUAAACACAACUCACCAACUCUCUUCCAGCAGCUGAUUGGUUGUAUGGAGGCCUCAGGUGAGUCCUUUGCCGCAGCGGGGUGACGCAGGCCAAGGAAGAACAUUUAUGAUUAUUACUUUAUCAUUUCCUUGAAGUAAUAAUCACCAUAUUAAUCAAUUUGCACCAAAGACGCGGUAGUUCUUCUGCCUUAGCAUCUCGGUUUGAUUGCAUUUCCAUGAAGAAAUGAUCAUAAAUGUUCUUCCUUGAGCUGCGUCACCCCGCUGCAGUCUAUAAUAGACUGGCCUGAGGUCUCUGUACAAACCCCUGUAUGUACUGUUGAUGAAGUUAGGUGGUGUUCUAAGCAUUAUAGAGUGGCGUUUUGGUUGAGUGCAUUUCUUCUGGAAUCGCUGUGUAUCACUAUUGUUAUCGCCAUAGCAAUCAUCACUAAAGUUGUUAUGACUAGAGAAGCAAGUGGUCGGCAACAUUCAUCUCUCGAUGGGGUGUCUAACUUGGUGUUACGGCGUGUUUGACCCUAAAUUAGUUUUACACCGGAAUAUCCCUUUAAACUCUUUCUUUUUUGCUUUAGGAGCUAUUUUGGCUUUCAUGCUGGGAAUAUUCCAGAUCCCUUUAGAGGAGUGUGAGGACAUGUACAGGAAGCUGGGUGCAGAUGUGUUCAAACAGAAUCUUAUUGUUGGAACAGUUAAAAUGGGCUGGAGUCACGCUUUCUAUGACAGCGAAAUGUGGGAAAACAUCCUGAAGUAAGUCAGAAUGAGCCUUUUAUUCGUCUCACUUUCAAAAUUUCUGUCAUUGCAAAUUUCAAAGACUACUGUUUUCCCCUUAUUUGUCUGUGACUGAAGUUUCCUCUUCAUUUUCUUAAGGGAGAGGCUGGGCGAUAGGAUAAUGAUUGAGAGUGCCAGGAACCCAAACUGCCCUAAAGUAGGUCACAUCAGCUCUACAAGAACAAAGAUUUCAGACACGGAUCAAAUCUCCUCUCCUUUUCCUGCAUCUCUUCUUAAAACCUCUUAUUUUACCCAUUUACUUGUAACAAAUGAAUUUCUUGUGUCCACUAGGUGUCAGCAGUGAGCGCCAUUGUAAACAGGGGUCUACCUCUGAAGGCAUACGUGUUCAGAAACUACAGACUCCUGCCUGGAGUGAGAUCCCACUACCUUGGAGACUGCAAACACAAAAUGUGGCAGGCUAUCAGGGCCUCGUCUGCUGCUCCGGGAUACUUCCAGGAAUUUGUCCUGGGAAAAGAUCUCCAUCAGGUAUGACAGGGGAGUGAGAAGACUGAAUAGUCUUGGCAAAGUUUAGUUGAGGUCAGUGCGGUUUAGGUGAAUUAAGUUAUACGGGAUGGAAAAACCAAGUAAAUCAAUCAAAAAAUGAGACGAAGUGAAGUCAGUGGAAAAAACACCACAGAUUGUUGUCUUGAGCAAAUCUAAAGUAUGCAUUUUGUCCUUCUCAAUCCCUGCUUUCAAAGAUGGUUUUAUCCUCUCUGAUCUGGACCUGGACCUUGACCGCGUGAAAAAGUGUCAGACUACUUUUCAAACAUAAAACGUCUGAAUUAGAUGUAUUCACAUGUCAUUUCAUGUAAGCAAAUCAAGGAAUCUAGAGAGUCACAUGUUUAAAGGAGACUUAACUUAGUGUAAAAUCUCACCAUUUGAUACACUUUUCUGCAUUUUUGAGUCAGCACGUGAACCUCUUACUGCAGCAGAGUAGUGUGACGGUGUGGUGUGAAUCCAACAGGUAAAAUGCAUACAUGCUGGAUGAGGAAAAACUAGACUGUUACCACUCAUUUCUUAUCUUAUUGGGUGCGCUUAGCUUAGAUUUUGAGUUGUGUUUAUUGUUUAUUGUUUAGGCUUAUAUCACAACAACAAUGAAAUGGAUUUAGGUUUGUUGCGUUUAUCUAGACUCAGAUCCUUAUGUUUUUUCCUUGCUUGUUCCCCCUCUCCUUUGGUUAAUAUGGGUCUGAAAGAAAGGGAUUGAAAGAAAAGGGAAUAAGACAGAUGUAAAGACAGAGAACAAGAGUCCUUGGACUCCGUCUGCUCCCCCCUAAACAUCAAAGGCCUUGUCCUCUUUUGACCCAGCUUGCCAUCCUGCACAGAAGAGGGAAGCGUCUGAGUUGAUACCCUAUGAAAGUAAAAUCCAUCAUGGCUCUGCGUGUCCAAAGGCUUGUUUCAGGCAGCUCCAAAUUGAAAAACCAUGUUGUUGCAGGCCAUGUUUUUAGGAUUUUCACUCCUCUGCAUUCUUGCUCUUUGCAAUAAAUCAGAGUAUGAAAGCUGGCUCUGUCUUCAGUCAUGAAAAAGGGGACACAUUAAGUCCAGAAAUGGCAGUUGAUUUUGGUGGAUAUGUUCAAUCAACCUAAACAAAACAAACAAACUCUUGCGAGCUCAUAUCACAAAACAAAUCUGAUAAAAAAGUAGGUGCUAGACCCAUAGGCGUCAGUUUAGGGGGGGACACUUUUUGUCAGGAGUUGUUUUGUCCCACACACAAAUCCUUCACAUGUAAGUCAUUGUAACCCCAGUUAUUUUCAGCAGUAUAGAAAAUCCGUAUUCGUCCAAGAGUUGCUGAGAAACGCAGCAGACCUUCGCAAGGAUAACAAAAACGUGCAGCUGUUGUAAAUUUGCGUCUGUGCUAAGUUGAAGCUGCGACUCAGAGUGUGCUUUUUCUUCUGAUAAUUCCUGUGGUGAGUUAGAAAACUUGUUUGCAUGUUUAACCUCAUGAUUAUCCCGUGUGAUAACUAUAUGCAAGGGGGCGUUAGUUGGUUACAUGAAAUAAGUCUGUGCAUUUUAUAGUUCAAUCAAUUAUAGUCAUCAUCCCAAAGUCACUUUUGCUAGUAGCUGUCCCCCCACCUUUCGAAACAAACUGACGCCAUCAGCUAGACCGUAAAAAAAACAAUAAAAGAACUUUAUAAUUAAUCCUGAAAGAUACUGGACACCAAUGCUAAGUCUUUAAAAUGUAAAGUGUAAAUCAUGUACUAUUGUCCCUGCUCCAGUCCCAAUGAAGAAAACCUGAGUUUUGUCCUGGUUGAACUGUAAAAAUGUCCCUGCCACCCAUGACUUGAUAUGUAACCGUCCAUUUACAGUUAAAAAGGGUCAUUGGAAAUUACAGUUAAAGUUGUGUGUCAUCAGCAUAGCUGUAAAAGCUGCCGUGACAUUUCUGAGGGGUAACACGAAGGUUAAAAAGUGUAGGACCUAAAUUUGACCCCUGGGGAACACCAUAGUGUACAGUGUACAGUUUUGACAAGCAUUUUCCAAGGGUGUCCACUCCUGCUUUUACUGAAUCUUUUACUGAUGCUUUCUUUAUCAUGUAUAUAAAUUAUAAGAUGAGGGUGAGGAGGUGUAUUUUAUUUUGUUUUAUUUAUAUGCAGCACUUUUUGUCACAGUAUGGUUGUAUGAAAAGUGCUUUACUAAUAGGAGCUGGAAUUCUUUUAAGAAAUCUACCAUCACUGUGUGUUGUGUACAUUAGAGCAGUUUUUUCACUUUGGAUCCAAACCACUUAGGCCCCCAUCUCAAAGUGCCUGUGAUGUUAUUUUCUAUCAAGUUUGAUUAUUAGGUCAGAUAUCUUUAGAUGGUCUUUAUGGGCAGCAAUUACACUCAAGGCUCAGUUUAAUUUCGAUAACCUACUUAAGCAAAAUUAGCGCUGUCCCAGCUUCUUUCCUCUCUUCUGCUACUUUCUAAUGCAAGACUCCCUGUACAGUGUUUGAGACGAUAACAAACGCUAAUCUCCAGUCCCACUCUGCAUGUUUACUGACCUAAGCCUUUAUUCUUGGAGGCAUUUAGAACAAAAACGAAUGGCUUAUUAGCUCUUAGCUGAAUAAGGGGGCGGGAAAAACCUGGGUACAAGAAAACAAAAUAAUGUGCAACCUCUUGCACAGAGCUUAAAAUGUGUUUGUUGUUUUCUGGACAGAAAACUCUUUUUAUUCUGUGAUUAGCAUGCUGUCAAUGUUAUCUGCCAGUUUUAUUUUCAUGUAUUUCAGCUGGGCUGUUUUAGGCUGGUCCCGUAGACUCUGGGACGACAGCGAGGAUGAAAAGAUGGAGAGUGAAUGAGCUGUGCGUGUUGUCCUCUACAUUCCUCUUAAAGCUGCAUAGUGUUUCAUCGACAGUUCGAGCUCCUGUUGCCACCCACUGCUCUCACUCCUACUCUAGUUUUCAGCACCAGCAGCGGUAUUUCUCAGGAAAAUUCUACAGUUGCAGGACAUCAGAAAUACAUAUACACACACAAGCGUAAAAGAAGUGGGAAAUGAUGUGUUCACAGCCUUAACAUAGAGAUGGAUUUGAGAUUUUUCCACCAGUUUAGCUACAUUUUGUCUCUCUUUUGUGAUUGGACAUAAGCUGGGUGUCAUUCAGUCAGGUGACACCUCAGGGUGAGUGGUCGAGGGUCAGAGCUGAGGAGCAGCUGUGUAAUUAACCUGUGGUCUCCAGAGUGUAAACUGUGUUCUGAUGUUUGAAUAGUUAACACCUGAGGGUAAAACAGCUUUAUAAUUAGGUCCAGGGUGUUUAAGGCAGCAGUGUUCAGUAAUGACGAAGGAAGCGGCAUGGUCCGACAAACCCUCCACUCCCACACCUCCAACCUUACCCACUGGAGGCAUGGAGAUGACCUUUACCCCUGCUCUGCGGGGUAGGCGCAGACCUCGUGUGGGCCACGUUUUCCAGCUCUGUUCGCAGAGCCAAAGGCACUACAACAGCUGGAUGUGGUCCAGAGCAGGACUCGGGGAAAGGCUGAGAGAGUGUGUUCAGCACUAAAUCUGCCCGGACAUCCAUUCAGCUUCACUUUCAAUGAUUGUUGGCAUUAUUCAAAUCAGCAACUCUCUAAUGAACCCAGUUACAUUAUUCAAUGAAAGAGAAACAAAGCGAGCACAUAAUUCUGAUUACCCUCUUGUUCAGUCAAGAUUAGGAAACCGGAAUAAAAGAUGAUGAUUAAUUCAGCCUUUGGUUCUUUAAAUAGCUCCAGUCUAGACCAAACAGUGGAGAAAAAAACAUCAUUUUUAGCUGUCAAAAAUGAUGACCUUACCAGCUUGUUUUCUCCUGAACUAACAGGGCGUUUUGCCAGCACAGCACAUCUCUAGCCAGGGAGCUUCAUUUCCUCUGGACUGAAGCUGUGGAGCUGUUGGACUGCUUACUCCCUUCACCUCAUUUGACCCCUGCAGAAUGUCACAUUAAAUUUAUUGAAGCUAGAGGCAUGUUAUUUUUAUUAUUUUAUUUCCGGUGUCCCCUCUGCACAUUAGCCUUGGUUUGUAAGCAUAUCUGACUAAUAACAAGCUAAAGGUGACUAAAAAAAUUUGUUUAGCUCUGAAUUUUGGGGCCUUUUACGAUCUUUUCUACAGGCUUUGCUGUCCUCUUUAUCAUUUCCAUCUUUAUUUUCUUCUUUUCUAGGAUGGAGGACUCCUAAUCAACAACCCAACAGCACUGGCCAUCCACGAGUGUAAGUGUCUGUGGCCCAACACACCGCUGCAGUGUGUGUUAUCUUUGGGUACUGGACGGUACGAGGCGGCAAUCAAGAGCAGCCCAACUUACACGAGUCUGAAGGCAAAGCUCACAAAUGUCAUCAGCAGUGCUACAGACACAGAAGGUAAGAUGCUAGAUAUGUUAUUAAAGGGAUAUUCCGGCGUAAAAUUAAUUUGCUGUUCUAGUUACACCAACUUUAGUUAGAGAAGCAAGCGGUCGGCAACAUUCAUCUCUCGACAGAGUGUCUAACUCAGUGUUACGGUGUGUUUGACCCUAAAUUAAUUUUACGCCUGAAUAUCCCUUUAAGGUAAGCUGUCAGAGGGAGGUGUUGCUUUAUUGCAAGUAUAAGGGCCUGUCUCCACUGAUGCCAUUUCUUCCUGACUGUGCCUAAGACCUUAAUUUUAUAGAGCUUUUCAACAGCACUCGGUUAUGAAAGUUGCUACAUGGUGCUUCCUUUGCUAAUGAAUGUUAAGUGUUUUUUAAUUUGAAUACAACGAAUGCUAUUGAUGGACACAGGCCCAUAACCUGCCCACAAUUGCUUCUUGACAUUGAUCGCUAAAUUCACCUCCGUCCCCAUUUCAGAGGUGCACACGAUGCUGGACGCUCUCUUGCCCCCCGACACCUACUUCCGCUUUAACCCCUACAUGUCUGAGGACAUCCCAUUGAACGAGAAUCGCGUGGAGAGGCUGAACUUCCUCAAGAGCGAGGGGGAGCGCUACCUGGAGCGCAACGAGGCCAAGCUGAAGAAAGCCGCCAGCGUGCUGGGUCAGGAGAAGAGCACCAUCCAGAGAGUGGCCGAGUGGGCCAAGCUCAAGGCUGAUAUGUAUGAGGGGCUUCCCUUCAUCUCCAAGCUGUAGGUGUCGGCUAAAACAGUGAAUCAGAGACCACAAAAGAGGUAUUUUUAAGGUAAGGAGACAUGGAGUCGAAACUGACUCCCAAGACCUGAACAAUUUUGCUGAACAGGGAACAACUUGGAUACUGUCUUUCAGCAUCUUUUGGCAAUUUGGAAUAAAAUGCCAAAUUAGUUGUUCACAUGGUUUCAUAGUCAUCCACUUGAGGACUGUAAGAAAAUUAAGCUGUAUGUUUUAAAAGACGUUAAUAUUACAUAACAGAACAACAGGGUGAAUGAAUUAUAAGGACAGGAUGAAUUCAGCAGGUUUGGACUCAAGUUUAUGAAUUUUUAGCUGGUUAAAAGUUGUUUUUCUGGAGUGCACAAAGACAAUAUUGUGGUGCUGAAAAAAAGAUAAGGAAAAUCGUUUAAAGGAAAUCUGUUGUUAUUUUGUAAGAAAGAGACUUCAGUUCCUACAUUUCAAUAACUUGAAUACAAUAUUGCACAGUGCGGACAGAAACGCGACUGCCUAUUUUUAACACUGUACAGAAGACGGACCUCAUGCACUUUGUAUCGUAGGAUUCUUGUCAGAGGAAAUAUACCUAAUAUUUGAAGUACUUCUAAUUUAUUUGAGUGCUUUAGCUGUAAUUAAAAACAUGCUAAUGAUCUGCUAAUAACCCAUUUUAUGUACAUGUAUUGGCACAAGCUGUAGAACCACACUAAAACCUCUGAUGCUGAGGAGAAAGUGUCAGAAUAGGAUUAUUGUGUUCCUCCUUGCACAAAGCAUGCUCUUUAUUGUGGCCAUACUAAGACGCUUGUAAAGCUUUUGCCUUUGACUUUAACCAAGCCUGAGUUCCUCGGUCUAGAUUCAGUUUUUAUUGCGAGCAUCCUGGUUGUCCAACGUUGUUGCUCUGUGGAAUGCGAAAGAGAAAAAAGUGUCGUGAAAAAAUAAAACCUGGUUUUUAAAACCCUGAAUAGAUUCCCUCUUUGAAGAUAUGUGUGAUUUUUUUUUUAAUUUUCUUUUUUUUUUUUUUUUUAUUGUUUUUCCUUUUACAAAACAUUUUAUAAAGUGAACAUGUUUUUUUUUUUUUUCUCUUGAGUAUGCUGAGAAUACAUAUAUAUGUAUAACACAGGACUAUCAUAGUGAGCACAAGCACACACCAGAGAAGGACCAACAAUAGAGUCGUCACAAAGGAAUUCAAAGCAUCUCCCUGUGAUGAAUUGCUUUCUUAUUCCAGUCGCACACGUUGAGUUUCUGCUUUAUUGUUUUCAACUCCAUUGAAGAUCCGCUGAAAUUCCUCGGUGUCAUUCCUCCCAGUCACACUGUUGUUACUCCAACCAACAUGAACAAUGCUCCACAAGGAGGCAAACGCACAAUGACUGCACAACUAUGACACAUGUCAGAAAGACAGAGAAUCAAACGCCGAGAAAUUCACUUCACUGCCUUGUCCCUGGAUUGACUGAAUUGAUGUCUUUUUUUUUCAUCAGCCGGAGCUUCAGCAAACAUCAAGGUCUGAGUUGAGUCGAUGUCGCUGUCACUUGUCCUCACUCGAGAGAAGUCAUAGCAGUGAAAUAAGUUAUUGAAUUUUUGAAGGUCCAUCAAUAGUUUGCUUUUGCGUACGUGUUUGAGAACAGAAUCAGAAAGCAAAUGACUCUAACAAAUAUAUAUUCUUUUUUCCAUCAGCACUGUGAAACAUUUCUUUAUCUUUAAUGGAUUUUCAACAUUAACGACACAUUGCUAAAAGAAAAAAGGGUAACCCUUUCUUAUACCGUAUGCUUAUUACCAGGUAAUUAACAGGUAAGUACCUAGUAACAAUAUGAAAUUAUCUGGUAAUAAUAUGAUAACUACUAAGUCAAUUCUGUCUAGUUUUUCUUUUUUUUUUUUUUCUGUGCAGCUCCAUUUUCAAAAGCUGUUUGGGGUUCUUAUUUUCUAUGAUUGACACUUGAUACAGGCUAGGGGCAUGCGAAGAUUGCGUAGAGAUACGCUGUUUGAGCCGAGCAUCAUCACAGCGACUCAUCCGCCGAAUGGGUACAAUGCUACUGCGCAAGUGGUGGUUCCAGGAAGCGGAGAAAAUCCUGGAAGUACCAGAGCGAUUCGGCUUCAAAUUUGUAUGAUGAUGUUGACUUAGUAUUUAUUAUGUAAUUACCAGAUACUUUAAUGUUGUUACUAGGUAAUUACCUGGUAACAAGUGCACCGUGAAAAGAAAGGGUUACCGAAAAAGGUUACCGAAAAAGGUACAGCGCUUAGAUAAUUCACCUAACACCAAGAACAUUGCCUGAAAUUGCAUCGAUCUGUUAGGCUGGUUAAUGUAAUUUCGUGGAAAAAAAACAGCAUUUGCCGAUAUUUGAGCCAAUCACAUCACGCAUUACGACAAAUACAGAUAAAAGUUAAGAGGUUAAAAGUUAGGGUUCCUAUAAGCUCCAGAGUUAGUCAUAUUUGACAGUCAUAGACUCGUGGUCAGUUUGAAGGGAGAGAGGCUGGAGCCUUCGCUGCAUACAUUAAAACGUUGUUCAGAUUUAUGUUUACGUUGUUAUGACUCAGGUUGGUGUUUCCUUUCCUUGCAUAGACCUCAGAGGAUCUGUUUUUGUAUGAAUUAACAGCCUUACCUCACACCUCCCCUGAUCUAAAUCAAACUUUUAACACAGAGGCUUAUUUGUUGCUGUGAAAUUCCUCCUGUCAAAUCUGGCAUUAAUAUUAUUUAGACCUCGUGUUGGGCUGUGUGCAGACUGAGCGUCUCUGACAAGCACAGAGGAGGCAGACAAAUGAGGUAACUAUGAGAUUAACGCUCCCCGCCGAUGUUCGUCCUGUUGCCAAUUUUUGCAUGCGUAAAAGGCCAGAGUGCCGAGGUGAAGUGGAGUCUGCCAGCCUGUGUUUACAUGAAGAAGUGUGAAAUUUAUAUAUAGUUCAUACCGCUGCACUAUUAGUUGGUUGUUGUGGCAGGAGCUCUGUCUUCAUCCCUCUCUUCCUCCUCCUCCUCUUGCAGAAUUGGAUCGUCUGGUCUUAUGGUGUUCCCUAGCAACUGGGUAUAGUUUCCCUCUCAUUUACAAUCUUCUCAAUGUAUGUGUGCCCACGUUUGCCUAAAAUUGUCCCUGAUCGAGCUGAAAUAUAUUAUACAAUUGACCCCCUUUUAUGAGUUGGCUGCUGCAAACAUGUUUAUUUUUAAAUGCAAAGAAGUGACCGCACAUCAGUUUGACACCAUAAUCCCUCAUGUUUUUGAAGCUCCAUUGGUUGGCACUUACUGUUUAUCAGGUCAACAUCUUGCCACUUUAUUCCCUCUUCUUUUACAAACAACCGUGCAGCUUGUUUGGAGAAGUUUUUGCAAGUUGUCUCGCAUUGUUUAGUCACAGCUCUGCUUUGCUUUUGAACGCACCACAGCGGCAGAACCUCGCCCAAUGGAGCUGUAAUUACAAAUACAGAAAAGCAGUUAAGCUUGUGAUCAUAAUCUAUCAAUUUACAGUAGCUCCAGUGAUGCAAGAAAAGCAACAAAUACACCCCUGAGGGGUUUGAAGUGAGUGUGAAGCCCACACAGGAAUAGAAAUGAGGGAGAAGGGAUGGAUUAAUGCAUCCCAUCUGUCACUGCAGAGGAGAAAUAUCACCCAAAGGGCUGGAGCAGAAUUCAUUUCCAGACCCUUCCCUGUGAAUUUCCCUCUCAAACCCCAGGUCAUACUAGGAUAUGGGAGCUCUAACUCACAGGUAGAGGGCAAACCCAGCUGUUUCAAAUCAUUGACAUAGCUUUUAGACAAGUCAGGAAGGCUGCUGCAUAAACAAUACCCUGGUCCCCAUCAAAGAGACAUUGUCCUCCUGUAAUAUAUCCUGACUUGUGUAAACCUGUUUUAAUGUACACAACUCCCCCGCUUUAAAGCAGAUCUUAGGAAUGUAAGUUGGUGCAGAAAAAAAGCAAAAUGUUUUGUCUGUAGCUUAAAUUUAACAGAAAGAUUCACUGUUGUGUUUAAAGCGCCUGGGAAUAUUUCACACUCUGUGGCGGUAUGUCUAUAAAAACCCACAUCUGUGUGUCAUCAUGUCUCCUCUAAAAGACAUCGUUUACACAGUGCUGUGGUUCUCCACAGAUCCCUGCCAGUCGGUUAGUGUGGCGACACACCUGCGCACACAGAAACACACACCUACACGCACACACAUCCUAUUUGUCCAACAGCUCUGCAUGAAUGUCAAAACAACACUGCCCGUGCCCAUGGUUUCAACGUCUGUGCAGUGUAAACCAGUCCUGUAGAUCAACACUGAAAAGAUCAUCACAUGUUCAGCCUCUGAAAAUGAAUGAUGCUUUUCAAGUCUUGAGCUGGAGCAGAACUUUGUUAUACACACACACACACAUGCACCAACGCAAUUUUAUCUUCUGUCAGAUCACGUCUGGUGAAAAAUGUGAGUCAAACUCUCUUUUGUUUCGGCCCCAGACUACCCUCAGGACUUGUCGCCAUUACCAGUACCAACAGUCCAUGACUCACUUGUGAAUGCCCCAUGGCUCGAAUGAGCAUUACAUGCAAUUUUCAUGUGACAAAACUGUGCAUGUGGACCCUUUAUUUUCCAUAUUGUGCCGAUGACCUGUGCAUGCCUCAAGGUGAGCUACACAUGAAUAAGCCAUUGACCAUAAUUACUCAGCGGUUAUUUUUCUCCGACCUCGUGCUCAGGAGUGGGCGCUCAUAUGCUGUGGCGCGAUUGUACCACUGUGUUUAAGGUCAUCUAUGGUCAUCUAAUUUUUUUUUAAUUUUUUUUUUUUACUUUUUGAACAACUCACUGCUUCUCUGUUGAAUAAAAAAUAAAUAAAUAACAUAGUUAAAUAAUUAAAUCUAACCAUUUAAUAAGCUGACAAAAGCUUGGUAGUGUUUCAAACUACCAAACUAAACUACUAGAUACAGGGCUAACAUUUUAAAAAAGCAAGAAUUUUCCCAAUUAAUCGGCCAAUAAAUCAGUAUCUCUAAUGACAACAAUCCUUAGAUACCCUGAUUAAGAACAACUUAAAGGGAUAUUCCGGAAUAAAAUUAAUUAAGGGUCAAACACAAAAACCCCUUCGAGAGAUGACUGUUCGCUUGCUUCUGUAGUUAUACCAAAUUUAGUAACGACCGCAUCAUAGCAAUACACAGCGAUCUGAGGAGCCAUAAACAAACCUCAA